UUUAUUGCUGACCGUUAGAUAUCAAUCUAACUCCUCCUAUUUUUAAAAUUUCGACGGUCAUCCUUAUUUCUCUCUCUUCGGAGGAGAGAGAGAGAAGGACAGAGAGAACGAAGAAAAGAACCACUUUUUUCAGGAAAAAAGGGUUGGUGAUUCUUCACAAUCGAUCCAUCGAUCUCUCUCUCUCUUUGUUUCUCUUCGAUUUUCUUUCAAAUUCUCUAGGUUCUUCUUUCUUCAGUGGACUCCCCGUGAAGGAAGAAACGAGAGAAAGUGGAAGAAAAUAAAGGGUUACAGAGGAAAACGCUAGAAAAUUGAGGAACCCAUCAGUUUAAUUGGAGUUCGAAUUUGGUUUUGGCGAAGUGGGUGUUUGGGAUUUGUGUAUAAAGAAUGGAUUUAGAUAACAUUGAGUGCAUAUCGUCUUCGGAUGGUAUGGAAGAUGAAGAGAUCCACACCCAUCACCCUCACAAUCAUCAUCCUCAUCAGUUCUCGUCAAAACCUCACAACAAUACUGGUAUCCUGUCUGGAAUUACUCCUGCCACAAGCGUCCACGAAUUGUUAGAAUGUCCUGUCUGUACCAAUUCUAUGUACCCACCAAUCCAUCAGUGUCACAAUGGACACACACUUUGUUCCACCUGUAAAACAAGGGUACACAACCGAUGUCCCACUUGUAGGCAGGAGCUUGGAGAUAUUAGGUGCCUAGCACUGGAAAAGGUGGCGGAGUCACUUGAACUACCCUGCAAGUUUUAUUCAUUGGGGUGCCCGGAGAUAUUUCCAUAUUACAGCAAACUCAAGCAUGAGGCAGUGUGCAACUUCAGACCGUAUAAUUGCCCAUAUGCCGGAUCAGAGUGCUCGGUUACUGGGGAUAUUCCAUUUCUGGUUGCCCAUCUCAGAGAUGACCACAAAGUGGACAUGCAUGCAGGCUGUACAUUUAACCAUCGCUAUGUAAAGUCGAAUCCCCGUGAAGUAGAAAAUGCCACAUGGAUGUUAACAGUUUUCCAUUGUUUUGGUCAAUAUUUCUGCCUUCACUUUGAAGCUUUCCAACUUGGCAUGGCUCCUGUGUACAUGGCAUUCCUCCGUUUCAUGGGUGAUGAGACAGAGGCUCGUAACUAUAGCUACAGCCUGGAGGUUGGGGCAAAUGGCAGAAAGCUAACAUGGGAGGGCACGCCUAGAAGCAUUAGGGAUAGCCAUAGGAAGGUUAGGGACAGCCAUGAUGGUCUCAUCAUCCAACGAAACAUGGCACUUUUCUUCUCUGGUGGAGACCGGAAAGAGCUGAAACUGAGAGUUACAGGGAGAAUAUGGAAGGAACAACAAAACCCAGAUGCUGGGGUGUGCAUUCCGAACCUCUGUAGCUGAACCAGGUGAUUUUGAAAAUGUUUUUAUGAUUUGCUUGUUUUGACUCUCUAUGUAUGUGUCAUGUUGUAUCUGCGUCAACUUUGUUGUUUGAUUUGGAAUGCUUGAAAUGUAAACUGCUGCUGGAGCUUUUGUUUUUUUUUUUUUUUAGCCGUUAUAAAUCGUUUAACAAGCAGCUUUCCCUCCUCCCUCUCUUUACCUUCUGUAUAUCCUGAUGCUGGAAACUGGAAAGCAAUAUGUUUAUAUACUUAUGUAGGCCUUUUUGAAUUGCUCAGACUUUUUAUUUUCGGCUA